UAUAACUGUUUUUUUCUUCUUCUUCUUCUUCUUUCAGAAAUCUACUUUUAACAGAUCUGGAUUACAAAUGGGUAAAGAGGACUGAGCUGAUAGGAUGCAUGUGCGUUUUAAAACCUAGUGCAGCGUAUAAUUUCGCGGCAUGGAAGAAGUCAGAAAACUAAAGCACGGCGGUUGGAAUGAACUCUGGUGAUAAAGAGAAAUAAUAAAUAAAAAAAAUAGAUCAGAUACAAAAUACGCACGUGGAUGGAUGAAGUUGCAUGUUGCGAACAAGUGAAAGCAAGAUAAAGACCAGAAGGAGGAGAAGUGAUGAUGAACUGGAGGAUCGGAUACAUCCGUGGAGAGAACGAUGAACGGAUACGUGCGUGUUUCUUGUUGUUGUUUUAUAAGGAUGGAGAUUUUUGUUGAAUCGUUAUUUUAUUUAUUAUUGUGAUUUUGUUCCGAAGCGCUAAAGGUGGAGCAAUGCAGGGGAGCUGAAGGCGUGCAGAGCGAAACAGACCUCACGAACAAAGUGCUGAAGGUGUUGCAACUCAACACUGCUCUUACACAUUUUUUUUUUUUUUUUUUUUAUUCUCUGCCUGGAUUUCUGCUUGUUCUUCCGAAAUAAAAGCGCGAUCAUCCAGGGGCUGGUGUGAGCGCGACUGAUCGAUCACACCACCGGUUUUGGAAAUACCCUUCGUUUCUUUUCUAUUUAUUCCGAUCUAAAUGGAAGUAUUGGAGAUCGAAGGCAGUGGUGACAGGAGCAGACAUGGUUCAUGGGCGCAGUUUCCUUCACGUUGUCGCAGGUCUCCUUAUGGUUGGCUUGUCCUUUGCGACAAAAAAAGAAGCAGUGAAAAACAACUCAGGGGUUCAACCAGCAGGCCAGUGUGGAACGUGGGUAAAAAAACCAGAGGGAGGACUCUUUACAUCCCCCAAUUACCCCAACAAAUACCCACCAGAGCGCGAGUGCAUUUUCGUCAUUGAAGCUCCCCCGAGACAGUGUAUUGAUCUCUUCUUUGACGAGAAGUACUCAAUAGAGCCUUCGUGGGAAUGUAAAUUUGACCACAUUGAAGUACGUGACGGACCUUUUGGCUUUUCUCCAAUAAUCGGACGCUACUGUGGCCAGCAGAGCCCGCAGUACAUUAGGUCGAGUGGCCGAUACCUCUGGAUAAAAUUUGUAGCAGAUGGUGAACUAGAAGCCAUCGGAUUUUCUGCGAACUACAACUUCACUACAGAUCCUGACUUUAAAGACAUGGGAGUCCCUAAGCCUCUUCCUGUAUGCGAGUUUGAAAUGAGUGGACCCGAAGGCAUCAUCGAAUCACAACAGAUCAUCAGAGACGGUAAAGCUUUACAGACGGAGGCUGUGGACUGCAAAUGGUUCAUCCGAGCUUCUCCUCGUUCUAAGAUUUACCUGCGGUUCCUGGACUAUGAGAUGCAGAACUCAAACGAGUGUAAGCGCAACUUCGUGGCUGUGUAUGAUGGAAGCGGCUCUGUUGAGGAUCUAAAGUGUAAAUAUUGCAGCACGGUGGCCAGUGACGUGACACUGAGAACAGCACUAGGUGUUGUGCGUAUGUGGGCCGAUGAGCACAGCCGCCGCAGCCGCUUCCGCAUCCUCUACACCACAUUUAAAGAGCCUCCCUGCGAGGCUGACAUGUUCUUCUGCCACAGUAACAUGUGCAUCAACAACUCACUGGUGUGUAAUGGAAUUCAAAACUGUGUGUAUCCAUGGGAUGAAAAUCACUGCAAAGAGAAAAGAAAAGCCAACAUCCUGGAUAACCUGAACAACACUAAUGGUAGCAUCAUUGGUGUGACGUGCUGCAUCGUCCUCGUCCUCCUCGUCAUAUCUGUCACAGUGCAGAUCAAGCAGCCAAGGAAGAAGUACAUGAUGCAGAACGACGACUUUCAGGAAGUGUUCCAGGAAACACCUCGUCGUUAUGACCUCAGUGACAUUGCCGAACUUACAGAUGAUGCAGAGACGACGUUCCAGAAGCGCUGUGUUCAUGAGCACCAUUGUGGCCGUGCCAAAACUGUGGCCGCGAUGGAUCCACAUCAUCACCACCACCAUUAUCAUCAUCAUCAUCAUCAUCAUGAUAACCAGCGCAGCAUCGUGGUCAUGAAGCACAGCUAUGCGCAAGAAGAAGCAGAUAUGGAAGAUGAGCUUGAUGAGGAGGUGCCGACCACCAGUCACCGACUGGCAAGACACGACAAAGCAGUGCAGCGAUGCAUCACAUCCCUGGAUCUUCCCAGGUAUGAAGACUUGACGGAGGAGAUGUAUAACACCCUGCUACUACAAUACUCUUGCGUUCAGUGGCAGUUAGUAACAGCAGUUACACCUGCACUUUCUCUGAUGGAUUAAACAUUUGUUGGAUUAUUUGUGCAGUGGAUUUUGUCCCUAUGCUGACUGAACACUAAAGAAAGAAUUUCUACAACAUGGCUGUGUGUUGCUGGGGUUUUGGUUUUUGGUUAAAAUUUGUCAUUCUAUUCUCAGUUGUUUCCUAUGUGUGGAAUAUAAAUCUGAUGAGUUCUUUAUUUCUCUCUCUGUCUCGGUUAACCUUUAAAAAAACUCUUGUAAUGAUAACUUUUGAAAUUAUGCUAAAUAUUCAUGCAAAAGUUUAACCUUUUUCCCUUAUUAAAAUAAACUACUUUCCUGUGGUAAGUUUUCUAAUCUUAUUACAGCUACCCAAUAAGUUUCCAUCUAACAAAACACCUCUUUAUAUAAAAAAAGAAGGAAUAAAGUGAAGCCCCUGAAAUAUUAACUUUAAAACCUAGAUUAGCAAGUCUUGU